CUACCGUGGUGUGCCCCGUGUGCGCGCGGGAUUAGGAGAGUCGCACCAGUAGGCCACCGGCGCUCGACGCCUUUGCGUCUCUUUUUCCGGCUCGCGCGGCUCCGACCUACCGUAAAGCGAUGGUCCUCGAUCCGCCGAUGGAUAAUAUAUAUCGCUGCAGAAUGGAUUGAUCGAGAUUAAGAUUGGAACAAUUUACGAAAUAAAAUAUUUUUCUCGAGUUUCUCCAUACACAUACACAUACAGAGUUUUCUUUUUAUAUAACUUUUUUGGACUUUCUCUCUUAUUCGAGUGUUUAAAUUAAAAAUUGUGAAUUUUUUGUCAAAGAAAGAUGGAUCGAUCGAUGAAAUAAAGAAUAAACCUGUCACGCUGACGAUUUUUUGGACGACUUUUUUUUUUUAAUUCCGAGUGUUUGGAUUAAAAACUGUGAAUGUUAUCAAUUUUUAACCUGCCCGUUCGAUCGAAGCAUUGAAAUUGUACGCUGCCAGAAUCCGGCUUACCUGAAAGAUCGCGGUGGUAUCCUCUCGAUCUAUCACUCGAGGCUCGCCCCUCGAAGAUCGCGUGACGCGAGGAACAACUUUCGCGCCGACAAAUUGCCCUUUUCCCUCUUCGAUCGCCUCGAAUUUCUUGUUAAUAAUAACAAUAAUAACAAUUUACAAACGAGAGAACCAUUUGUUAAAAGUAGCGUUAGAUAACAGUAGUGGUAUUGAAAGAAUAAAAAAGGAAAAAGAAAGAGAAAUACAGUGACAAUACAGAUUAUGAUGAAUCCGCAUGCGAAUACGCAACGGAGACGGAACAAAGUAUUUAAACGACAAGAGAAUUAUGAAGAAAAAAAAGAAUAUCAGGGAUCACAAUUGUCAUUAAAAAAAAUCAGUUAAGACAGUUGUAGUUGUCCAUAAAAGUGUAAAACUUGGAAAGGAAAAAAGGCAUGGUUCGAAGAUUCUUAUUUUAAACGUUGAGAAAAAUUCGCAUAAACUGUCCUAAAACGAGAUAAAAAAAAUAAGUGUGUUGUCCCACGGUUUCGGAUUCGAGUGUGUCGAAACGAUUCGCGUGCGGAAUCGGCGAUUGUGCAUCGUCCAUAAGUGGAAUUUUAAAUUGACAACGAUUUUGAAAUAACCAAACUUUUAUGACGAAAAAUCGUGUGUAUAUAUUGUAAAACUACGACUGUUUGCAAUUUAACCGGUUGCUAAUCUGGAAUCGAGCCAGCCAGAGCUUGUCUGAUAUUAGGCGCAAACUAUCGGUAUCGCAUUGAGAGAAGUAAGAGUCGUUGCAUCGAGAGAAAUAUUUUUUAAACGUGUGCAUGGACGUUGAAAGCUUUAUUUUGUGUGUAUGCACUGUCAUUAUGGUGCACGGGAGCAAGUAAUAUCGGUGUUCUGAGGAUGAGAUUGCGGAACGAUUGUUUGGGAGGAUAACCGCGAAUUACGUGUAGUGUCGGGAGUUUGUGACUUUCCUUCUGAUACGUUAGAAGACGUGCAACGGAGAAUCGGUUGUUGUAUCGUAAAAUUGAUGCGUUUAAUGCAUCUUUUCUGGGGAAAGAAAUAAAAAUUGUUUGGAAAUUUUGCGAAGAACAGAUGUUAAUGGUAACAAUUGAAUGAGAACAAUUAUUAUGUCAAUUUUGUUUAUAUAUUUUUGUGAGAAAAUGUCAAACAAGAUUUUUGUAAUAUUAAGAUAAGAAUAAUAUGAAAUUAAAAAUCAAGAAUUGAAUAAAGUUUGUGUAAAGGAGAAUAAAUAUGCAACGGAAGAGUUUAUAAAUUGCACUGUUAAGAAAUAAUUUUUACACAUGGGAAUAAAAACUUUUUUAUCGAAAUAUUCAAGAAACUUUAAAUCUACUUUAAAAAGAAUUUAAAAUAAGCUCUUUAAGGAUAAAAUAAUAUUAAAAUAUUGUCGAUAAAUAAUUUUUAUAAAUCAAAUAACAUUGAUUUGGAAAUUAGAAAUUGAAGAGUAAGAUAUUGAAACAAUUUUUCUCUACCUCCUAGAAAUUCAGUCUCCACUCAGACAAAAUAACAGGAUUCUAAAGCAAGAACAAAAUAAGUGUUGUACAAUAUCAAGACAAUAAAUAUAACAGGACAAUAUAAUAAAUUGCAAUUAUCAAUAUAAGCAAUUUUAUAAUAAAUGAAAGAACAUCCGUCAUAUUAUUUAUAUAUAAAAUUCGAAUCAUCAAAACAAUUUUUCUCCCCAAAUUCAUCGUUCCAACAACUCGAUAUCUAUAUCAAAAUUUAAUAACAUAAUAAAAUAAAAGACACAAAUUUUUACAAACCGAACUGUAAAUAAAUAAUUUUCAUCGAAUCGAAGAUCGCUUUAAAAAUAUUGAAACAAUUCUAAAAAUGUCCAUUCGGAGAUGAUAAACAUCCUAAGAGGAAUAUGAAAUCAUCAAAAAUUGAUUCGACGCUUAUCUACGAGCGGAUCGAGAAGUAUCGAAGAGAAACGGCGGCGCCUCCAAUUCGCGGAAUACCCUCGUAACGGCGAUGACGCGCGUCGAGUAGUUAUUUCGGAUGUACAUCAUCGAGGAAGAUAGUGGGGACGACGGCGGAUGCCGUCUGAUCUCCGUCCGUCAGUGCGUCGACGCUGACGGAGCGCGCGAGACAUCGUGUCCUAAAGACCAACCAAGUUUUCCUGACCAAGACGACGUCGACACCGCUAGCCUGCUGGACGUCAACUGUUUCCCACGUGUGCACAAGACACCGCACAUCCUCAAGAAAUCCGUCUCCCUGGAGGAGAAGAGCCGUGAGUCGAAGAAGGAUCAGUUCCUGAAAUCCUGUUCUCGUCGCGUGGAGGACGGGAGGCGAAACUCGUCCUUCGAAUCUGAGACACGAAAUCAUGAUGAGGAGGAUGGUUCGAGGAAAAAUAAAGUAAUCGAGGAAAAUGCGAUCAACGUGGGAGACGAGAAACUGGAAAUCUCUAUAAAGUUGUUGGAAGUGGUGGAUUGCAAGAGUGUUUACGACGAUCAGGGAUACAAAACAACGGUGAACUUUCAAUACAGGGACACUCUAACGAGAUACUCUUCCAAUGCGUCGAAGAUCGAGAGGGCGCGCGGGUUGAGGAGAAGCGUGUCUGCGCCUGGAAACGGGUCUUGCCAAGAGUCCGAGAACACGGAUACCUCGACAACCAAAGAUAGCGACAGCCAAAGCAUCUCGAAGGAUUGCAAGGAUACCAAAGAGUUCGUGUUCGCGAAAAAGGGUCCGAAGAGUGUUUCGUCGAGUAGAACGGAUGGCGGCCAAUUGACCAGAUAUCGUUCGAGGACGAGUAGAUCGCAGGAAUUCACAACCAAGACCGAGCAAUUGAUCGCUAGGAGGCAAGAUCAUUCCGGUCGAAGGGCGAGAGCCUCGUCGUUCGUGAUCGAGAGGAAGAAGUAUCGCCAGGCGGCAAUUGCAUCUUCCAAGUCCAGCGAGGAUCUGUCGAGGUGUUCGUUGGGUAGCAACGAUACCACGGAGGCCGAUGGAAUGCGGAAUUGCAACAGCGCUGUGCCGGGCGUCGACGAGAACGAAGGAUGCGUCCUGCUCGGGGUUCGAUCCCUCGAGGAGGAGGGCCCCCAGCAGUUGUCUUUGAUCCCACGACAGGAGGACAGGUGUACCAGGAGGGACAGGGAGCGCGCUAGGAUCCUUAGACGGAGGAGAAUCAAUGGAAGAUCGGCCUCGGUGCCUAGAGUACAUGGACGAACCGAUCGAAGAGGCCCACGAAAUCAGAAAGCUCCUUCCAAGAAAUAUUCCUUUCACGGAAUAAAGUCAAGUACAUGAUACGAUUGAACAGUCGGAUGAUUUACAGUGGCCUGAAAACAACCGUCGCCUAUCGUCCUCGGCUCGUUCCUUUCCACGAUAAACCGGCGCCAUGCAAACGUCAAGCGAGGAGAAACAAAGAGAAGAAACCAUCGAAUCGAACAAUCCCCUUCCCCUCCUCCUCCUCCUCCUCCUCCUCCCUUUUCUGAACAUUAAAAGCACUCCUAUCGGUUUGCAACGCGAGAUAUUGCUCUCUUCCUACCAUUCGAAGUGCAUUCUAUUGCGCGAGUAAAUCACGCCGCGGCAUCAACCUGCUAAAAUGCAUCGCUUUGCGCGCCCCCUGCCGCGCGCCACAGCUGUCACGGAUGCGAUCGCUGUGUUCUUUAAGGUGCACCCACACGGAGAGCUAUAACGCGCCGCUGUGAAACGGCAACGUGGUAUUUAGACACGAACCGAUCGUCUCUUGCGAAAGUAUCUUCGGGUAUUUGCGUUGGCGAGUGCCUCGACCUGACUAGGAAUUUAUCUGGUGUGUGCCGCGUUGUUUUCAACUAGAACCGCUCGCUCGAUUGUGUUCUCGUGGGUGAAAAUGAAUCGGUUGUGCGAAUCGCGGCGAGCAUCGCGUUUGUUGAGAAAUUUUUUUGUUCAGGAAAGAGAGGA